AUGUUUAUAAAAUUCACAACCAAACAAUUAUGAGGGAAGGAGUAUAAGCUCUUAAACUCAAGUUUACAAAAUAGAUAUCUAUUUAGAAACUUGCUCUUCCGAUCUAACUUUAGACGUUUUGGUAGUAUGGACUUCGACCCUAACGUUGAUUAUUACUCAAUCCUAGGAGUCAAGAAAUUUGCUAGCAGAGAUGAAGUCAAAUAAGAAAUACCUUGAGCUGGUUAAAAAAUACCAUCCUGACAUAAAUCCUGCAGCUGACCAAAACAAAUUCAAGAGUAUAACUGCUGCCUAUACUGUUCUCAGCAAUGAAUCUACUAAAAGUAGGUACGAUGCAUCAAAAAGAGGUAGCACUUUUAACAGUAGAGGAACUUCUGGGACAAAUUAUCGCACUCAGAGUCAACAGAGAACCUCAAAUUAUCAAAAUUAUGGCCAAAGGACUCGUAACUUCUACGAGAAUGCUAAACAGAACUACCAAAAUCAACAGAAUUACAAGAAGGCUGAAGAAGCAUACAAAAAGUGGUUUCAAGAUGCUCAAAAAAGAAGGAGAGAACAAGAAUUUGAACAGCAACAAUAUCAAAGAGGAAAGCAAUAUUACUCCUAUGAAGAAUUUAAGAGAGAUUUUGAUAAACAGGAUAACCGCACAUAUCAGCAAAAUUGGGAUAGCUCCCAGAGCAAUAGCAAAUACCAAAGAGACUUUGAAAGAGACUGGGAGUCUAUCAGGAACGAAUACCAUCGAAAUUCCUUUAGUGGUGCGAGAGGAUCCUUUCUAUACAUUUACUGGAGAGUAGUGAUCUUCUUCGUAGGAAUUCUUGUGGUAGAGAAUAUCAUCAGAAGAAUGCGAUAUGUCAAGCAACAAAGAGAUCUGAUACAGUUUUAUGGUAAUCCUGGAUUAGAAGGUUCUCAUAUACAACAAUUCCCUAUACACAACACUAAGGAAAUAAUUCAAAAUCAUCCGGGUACCCAUGCGUACAGAGUAGUCCCAGAUAUGUACAGAAAAAGGGAGGAAUAACUUGACUUUAUAGUUGAAAAAUGAGCUAAAUUUCAAUUCA